CUUUAUAUUUUUUCAAGACUCAAUAAACUGCCCACUUCUUUCUCAAAAUGAGGUGUCUGUGGGGGCGGCCCUUGUCGCUCCGUGUGUCAAGGGUCCUCCGACUGCUAGCACACAGCGGCGAGCAGAGAAGGCAGGGGAGGAACUGCACAGACUCGGCGGCGGAGGGCGGCGGCGGCCCGCCCCUGGGGCGGGAAAAGCGGAGGUGCCAGGAGACACCUGGAAGCCCUUCCCCGCCCGGGCACGUAACAGAGCUGGAAGCCCGGCUGCCAGGGACGUGUCAUCGCGGCGCCAGCCUGGGAGCGCUGCGGCGCGGCGGCAGGAGAAACAGCAGAGGACGCCCUGGAAGAGCAGGAGCACGUGGGCCUGAGAGAAUGGCGCCAACACCAGCCCUGCAAAGCCACAUUCCAAAGCGGGGCCGGUGACAGCCACCGUGGCCCCGCAGGCCUCAGAGAAGACGGUCAAGCCAGCCAAGGCCGCCUCCCUGGCCAGGGGACUCCCAACGCGCAGGCGCAGCUGCCGGGGAGGGGCAACUGGGCGGAGUCAAGAGCCGGAAGUGCCUAGCGCCGCAGCCCCUCCCGGGAAACCAGCGGACCGGAACUCCCCGGAGUUCCCGGCCCCAGACAGAGCCCCGGGUUGCUGGGCAACCGAUGCGGCCACUGCAGCCGGUCUCUGCCUUGCUGGGAACAAGCCCGGUGUAGCUCCCACCUCCGGCGCCGGUAACCUCCCGUCCCGCCCACCUCCCUUAUUGUCGCCUCUCCUCCCGUCGCGGAAUCCUUGCCCUUGGCACUACUUGCAUCUCUCCGGGUCCCACGACACCUUAGCGCCCACUUGCUUCAAAGCCAAGCUCCACCGAAAGCGAGGUGUUCUGCCCCCGGACAUGGCCUCGACGCUGACUGACAGCACCUCUCGGGCCCCGGGCACCUACACCUACACCAGCCGGCCUCGGGCACUGCCCUGCCAGCGCCGCCGUUACCGGGACAGCCUGACGCAGCCAGAUGAAGAACCUAUGCAUUAUGGAAACAUAAUGUAUGACAGAAGGGUAAUUCGAGGCAACACUUACGCACUCCAGACCGGGCCACUGCCUGGACAGCCUGAUGCUCUAGAGCUUCAGAGACAACGGGAGGCUAAGAAGAGGGCUCUUGCCAGAAAACGAGCCCAAGAGCAGCUCAGACCACAAACACCUGAGCCCGUGGAAGGCAGAAAGCAUGUCGAUGUGCAAACAGAAUUAUACCUUGAAGAAAUUGCUGAUCGCAUAAUAGAAGUUGAUAUGGAAUGCCAAACAGAUGCAUUUUUGGACAGACCACCAACACCACUUUUUAUUCCUGCCAAAACUGGCAAAGAUGUGGCCACCCAAAUACUAGAAGGAGAGCUCUUCGACUUUGAUCUUGAAGUUACACCGGUGUUAGAAGUUUUGGUGGGGAAAACAAUUGAGCAAUCUCUUCUGGAAGUCAUGGAAGAAGAAGAGUUGGCUAACCUGCGGGCCAGUCAGCGUGAGUAUGAAGAACUACGGAACAGUGAACGUGCUGAAGUUCAACGACUUGAAGAGCAAGAGAGGCGACACCGAGAAGAAAAAGAACGGCGUAAGAAACAACAGUGGGAAAUAGCGCACAAGCACAACGAGACAUCACAAAAAAUCGCUGCCCGAGCAUUUGCACAGCGUUACCUGGCUGACCUUCUCCCGUCUGUUUUUGGCAGCCUCAGGGAUAGUGGCUACUUUUAUGAUCCCAUUGAAAGAGAUAUUGAGAUAGGAUUUCUUCCAUGGCUAAUGAAUGAAGUUGAAAAAACCAUGGAAUAUAGCAUGGUGGGAAGAACAGUGCUUGACAUGUUGAUCCGUGAGGUGGUUGAAAACAGACUAUAUAUGUAUGAGCAUCAGAGAGACUCACAUCCGUCUCCAGAACCCGAGGUUGAGCCUCAUGGUCCUGAAGCAAUGAGAGAGUCACUGGGGGCUUCUGAAUUCCUGGAGCAGAGCAUGUCACAGACACAGGGACUGCUUUUAGACAGAGACGACCUGCAAAGAACAACGUAUGACGAAAGUUCAUCCCAGGAAAGGAAGCUUAUGGAACAGAGCGAGCUCUUAGGGCAGGAUGAAGAAACAGCCAGGAGGGAGUCCUUAGGGAAGGAAGAAUUGUCAUAGGAGGGGAGCUUCGAAGUCAUGAAACCAAUCAACAGCCAAGUCAGCAAGCAAUCAGGUAAUGAUGCAUGAGUCCCCUCAGGUUAUAGAAAUUAUGUUGUAUUUGGUCUUCUUUUUGUCUAAUGGACUGGGCCAAUCAAAUGUCAUAAAAUAAAACUACUUUGAAAAUGAAACUUAAAUUGAAUUCAUUUACUUAAUACAAUAUUCAAAGGCUAUAUUGUAAUUCUAAUGAGAAUUAUAUUUAACCUAACCUUCUAUCACCAUUAUAUAUAACUAGCAAAUAUAUUUCUUCUUAAUCCUUCUAA